AUGAACUGUUUACGACUCCUGCGAAAUCAGGCUUCAUUCUGUCCUGUUUUCAGUCGGCAUUUUUCACAAGUCUCUGGAUUAAAUGACAUUGUGAUUGCCAGUUAUGUGCGAACCCCAAUUACUUCUUUCCUCAGUGGAUUGGCAUCAAUACCUGUCACCAAAUUAGGCUCAGUUGUCAUUAAAGAAGCUAUAGAAAAAGCAGGAAUUCCAAGUGACGCAGUGCAGGAAGUUUAUAUGGGUAAUGUUUUACAAGCUGCUGCUGGACAGGCACCAACACGUCAAGCUCUCAUUGGAGCAGGUUUGAAGAUUUCAACACCCGCGACAACUAUCAAUAAAGUAUGUGCUUCGGGAAUGAAGUCUGUCAUGAUGGCUGCCCAGAGUUUAAUGUGUGGCCAUCAAGAAGUCAUGGUUGCCGGUGGGAUGGAAAGUAUGUCAAAUGUUCCAUUUUACUUGAAGAGAGCAGAGUCGUCCUAUGGUGGUAUGAAACUUCUGGAUGGAAUCGUGUUUGAUGGUUUAACAGAUGCUUACGACCACAUUCAUAUGGGUAAUUGUGCAGAAGACACUGCCCAAAAGUAUUCAAUUUCUCGAGAAGAACAAGACCAACAUGCAAUUGAGAGUUACAAACGCAGCCAAUCUGCCGUUAGUGCUGGAAUACUAGGUGCGGAAAUUGUUCCUGUCAGUGUGCCCAAAAAGAGAGGUGACCCACUUGUCAUAUCGGUGGAUGAAGAAUUCACAAAAGUAAAGUUUGAUAAAAUCCCAAACUUGAAGCCAGUAUUUCAGAAACAAGGAGGGACUGUAACAGUUGCCAACUCAAGUAAAUUGGAUGAUGGUGCAGCUGCAAUGGUUGUCAUGACAACAAAAGCUGCAGAGAAAUUGAAUGUCAAACCUUUAGCAAGGAUUGUUGGUUUUGCUGAUGCUGCAACAAACCCGAUUGAUUUUCCCACGGCCCCAGCUCUUGCAAUGGAAAAGGUAUUUACAAUAUUUAACGUUGGAUUCUUUUAUAAUUAG